AUGGUGAACGGGACCGCCGCCGUGUUGGAACCCACAUUCACCGGGUAUGUCGCAACUACUCAAGAUGCCUUGGUACUCUUCGAAGCAUGUUUGACUGGUGUCUUGCAUCACGUUCCACGCCGUCCUCACGAUCGAGAACGGAGUCAUCUCGUGCGCAGUGGUAGUGUCUUCAUCUAUGAGGAGAAUGCCUCGGGUAUCAAACGAUGGACCGACGGUGUCACCUGGAGUCCGAGUCGCAUUCUGGGGAAUUUCCUCGUUUACCGUGAGCUAGACAAGCCAUUUCCUCCUGGGGAGAAGAAGCGCGCCAUGAAGAAAGCUACUCGACGACCAGUGCCAGCCGGCCGGCCAGGCGAACCUUAUCCGCGGCACGAUAGCAGUCAGGGCUAUUCUCCGACAUCUCCCAACUCAGCCCCCUUCACAGACCGUUCGUCCCAACAAUCGGAGCUCGAACGGGCAUUGGUUGGGUCCCUGGUUGAUUCCUACGGCUUCAAGGACUCGGGAUUAGUCAAGAAGACGAUGAGCGUGACGGUCUUGGGCGUGACCCACCAUUUGGUCUCGUACUAUAGUGUGGAGGACGUGAUGCGCGGGAUCCUUAACCCACCCUCGAUGUCGGACGCGCUACGCUUUAUUCGACCACGCACCGAACUCACCCAGAAACAGAGCUUCCGUUCUCCGAUCGACGAGCUCGAGGCCAACGCCGUGGAAAACCAAGAGCCCUCCCACGCCGCUCUAUACGGAUAUCGCCCGCAGAUGAUGGCUCCACCCACUUACCCUAUGCCAAACCCUUCCAACGACUUCUAUAUGCACCCCAGCUCGUAUGCUGCCUCACAUCCCCCACAGCAAGGCCCGAUCCAGGGAUACACGAUGGCCGCGCCGAUGGCCCAAGCUGCGCCAAAUCAAUACCUGCCAAACCCGGGGCAAUCCAUUCCCCCAAAGCAGGAAGACUACCACUCAUUCCGCGCAGGGCCCUACGGCGGCAGCAUGGACUCGAUGAGCGGGCACAGCAUGGCCUCGAUCCCUGGCGGCCUCAAUACGGGACUCCCCAGUUCGAUCAGCGAGCGCAACAGAUCCACCUCGGAACACAGCCCUUCCGCAUACCGCAACUCUUCCAUCUCUUCGCGUAGUCAAGCAACAGACGCUACUUCACCCAUGGAUCCAUCCACCCCAGCCACCUACUCCCGCGGCAGCUUCAGCAUGUCCGGCCAGCUGGAUAACCACCCAUCACUCGACCGCAAUAUGCCCGGUCUCGAUCCUAGCGUGCCUCGUCGCGAAUCAAACCCUAUUCAUCCGGCCUACUAUACGGAUCGCUCCCAGUACUAUGUACCCGCGUCUUACGCUGCCACGCAACCCAUGUCGACAUGGACCACUACGGCAGCGACGCAACCGCAAAUGGCACAACCACAAAUCUAA